CUCGCUCCAAGGAGCCUUUGAUUACCCAUUGUUUUGCCUUUCCUUUUGUAGCUAAGUGCCCCGAAUUUUUCGACGCUAUCUUCUCUCUAAGGGUGCUAAAACUCUCGAGGACUAAUUUUAGGAGACCAUGGCCAUGAAAUUUAAACUUACUGACUGAAACCACGUAAUAUGCGGUUGCGCAACAGACCUCGUGGCGCUGAAUUUGGCUUAGGAAUUGGAUACAUUGAAGAAAAUGCUGCUCGUUAAUGCUGGAAAAUAGCCAAAACUGAAGGCGGAAACAAUAUCAGGUUUACACGACACGUCCAAAAGACCCAGCCAUCGUAGGCAAAACAAAAUUGUACGAGCAAGUUACGUUAAAAUUUCGUUUAAGACUCUGAAACUGAUUGAUGGAGUCGUCAAAGACGCGGCCAGUAUCCAACACUUUAGCGUUCUCGUCAAUAUUUCUCUCCCUUGUUGUCUGCUUUUUGGCACUGGUUCACGUCGAGGUCGAACUUCACGCUCAUCGACAGAUGCUUCAAGUCUUGAGUCACCAGAGAACGGAUAACUUUGGGCCACGUAAAACUGUUCACGAUGAACCGAUUUCGUCCUUACACAACAGUGACGCGGUUGAAGGUAAGAAAAUGGGUGAAUGCUUUUUUAUAAACUGUUCACUUGCACGGCUGAGACAUGGCCCCGAGAUAUCAUGGCCGAGGAUAUAACGUGAUAUAUAAACUGUUCUAACGAAGUUAUUUCUAAAAUGUGCAAAACCAACUCAUAUAUAGUCGAACUUCUCAUGAUCACGCGAGCAGUCUUGGAAAAGGGGUAAGUGAGAGUGCCUAGGUGCAGUCUGGUGACCGCUUUAUAUUUUACAAUUAAUAGAGGUUCUAUUUAUAGGCUGUCACUUACUGAAAAUUUCGUCUACUGGUACUCUGGUAACAGCUGUUAAGUAGAGCUCAUAAGAAACGAUUCGACUAUAAUAGUAACAAUAUAGCAACCCGAGGUAGUUUUGAAAAUUCAAAAGUGUUUCCUUGAGAAGGUUCCCUAAGUGCUUGGGUUUUCAUAUACGUGCAUUAAGAGGAGAGCCUCUCUAUGGGCCGUUCCUGCCGACGUCGUUUUCCUUCAAAUCUUUGGUUUUUCAACGAAAUUGUCGCAUAUCAAGAAUUGUUGUGAGAGGUAACAUUGUUAGCGAGCUCGAGCACCCGGUGACGACAGUGAACUAAACGAGAAAAUAACAAAGCAACAGAGCAAAACACUGAACGUGCAGCAUACUUAGCUAUACUUUUUGGCACGACAAACUCUGUCAAACUUGACCGGAAUGCAUUAUGAUCGAUCGUCUUUUUAUUUAUUUCUAUAAAGAUCAUUACGACUACGUACCCAUAGAGCGCGAGUCUCAGAGGAAGUAUUUUUGAGCAUUCGUUUCAGUUGUUGUGCAAUGCAAAAGACUUCCUCGUUGUCUGAAAGGAUAAAGGUCAUUGCAUGCAACAUGACGUCAUAGCCAAGAUAGACAUGUAAGGAUUAAGUUAACAUACGAUAUAGAUUUCGUAAAAAAAUCAGGAGCCUGAAAAAAUACAGUUUGAUUUUUACCGCUAAACGAUGUCAACAACAUUAUUUUUACACUAAACAAAGACAUAGGAAAGAGUUUAAAAUGGUGUAAAGUGCCUGGUAAUUGAAGUUUAUUCAUCUUCUUACGCUUUUCAAUUUGUACUCUAAAACGCCCGGUGAUUUAGUAAUAAUUAACAGUCAAGGCGACAUAAUGUUCUCUUGUACUGUAGUUUAAUUGUCAUCCUACAAGAAAACGUGAACUAAGAAAUGAUACUAGCAGCAAUUUACCCACUUUACGAAAUUGUAAUUACAUCAAAGAUUUUGUGCGGUAUUUUGUCCUCCUUAUAACUGAUUUAUCACCAUCAUUGCCUUUUUCCUUUUAGUUCCGGAAACACACAGUCGCAUCAGACGCAACACUAAAGAUAAAAAGAAGAAUUCGAAUACCAGUGUAACUAUCAGUCGUGACAUAAAAAGGGAAGUUCACCUGGCCCUGAGUAGCCUGGUCUGCCCGGUACAUUGCCCUAAAGGAACUAGGGGAAAACGUGGCAGGCCUGGUCCCCCAGGCAAGCAGGGUCCGCCUGGACCUCACGGACCGCAAGGACCUAAAGGAAUCAAAGGUGCUCAAGGCGAUCAAGGACUACCUGGGCUUAAAGGCGAUCAAGGCCCUCGAGGACCCAAGGGCGAUCCUGGUCAAUCCAUCUCAACCCCUUCCAUUGUGUCACCUCCGGUGUCCAUGGUAGUAAAUGAAACCGGUAUAGCGUCACUGCAGUGUGAGGUUAAAGGAAAUCCAGCUCCUCAGGUCACGUGGCUGAAACAGAAUUCCAGUCUUCCUUUUAACAAACGAAUUUUGCAAUCAAGUGGUGGCCUGAUGAUCAGAGAUGUGACGUCACAAGACGAAGGAGAGUACACAUGUGAGGCAAGAAAUAUUCUAGGAGUCGUGACCUCUUCUGCCACUUUAACUGUUCAAGGUAAAUAUUUGCUAAUCUUAUAUUACGUGCUCUACACAACCAAAUAAAAAUGAUGAGCUACAUUUCUCCGUGGAGAAUUCAAACUUCUACGCGAUUGGACAAAUACCGCGAGUAUUUAAAAAAAACAUUGUUCUGAUAACUAAGAAAUUGCUUUCUGUAUUUUGGAAGCGUACUAAACAAAAAUUUUAGGACGUAUCUAAAGGUACGGAAAAACGGGCAACAAAGAAUGUAAAACUUGUUUUGCAACAUUGUUGCAAAACGAGUUGAAUAGCGAUGUUGCGCGUUUUACUACCCAUGUUCAAACCUGUCAACAAUAUACACUUAAUGUCAGAUCUGGAGGCAAAUAGUUAGUUUUGUUUUCCCGAGAAACAUAAGAACUCGAGGGAAAACAAAACUACUGUCGACUCCCGAUAACCCGAACCUUCAAGGGAAAUCGAAAAAAGGUUCGAGUUAUCGCGAGUUCGAGGAAAAUAGCCGAGAUUAAGGUAAAAAACAGUUUUUACUGCACAGUGAACAUUUUAAUCACAUUUAAUUGUAGAAAUGUCAAGUGAAAAUUAAAAGAUACUUCUAGAUUAUAAAUCAGAACGAAACGUAACAAAAAAUAGCCUAAAUAGAGCAUGCGUUUUACUGCUUUGAGAAGAAAAGCUUCUUCACGUUAGCCUGUGACAAUCAACAUCAGCCUCCACUAGUAAACCGCAUACUCCUACAACACGUCAAUAGGAAAUCCAGAAUUCAAUGAUAUGUUUCGGACGCCCGUAAACGGUUUUUUUCCCGACUUUUUAAGGGCUCAAAACAUGGUUCGAAUUAUCGAGGGUAAAAGUACAUAGAAAAUGACCUGAGGGGAAACGAAAAUUGGUUCGAGUUAGCGGGAGUUCGAGUUAUCGAGGGUUCGAGUUACCGAGGGUAAAAUUACAGUGAAUGUAUGACGGAAAUCCAGGGGAAAUCGAUUUUGGUUUGAGUUAGCGCGAGGUUCGAGUUAGCGAGGGUUCGAGACAUCGGGAGUCAACUGUAACUGGUUUCCCGAGGGACCUGACAUUAAGUGUUUUGUUAUAUUCUUAGACUUUCACUUCAACAGCAACAAAAAGAAUAACCGAAGCAAACGCAUUAGUCAAUUCCACCGGGCUGACCUCCGGGCAUUAGCAUUAUUUUUGCCUUAGAUGGCAAAUUCCCGGGGCUGGGGACUCAGGAAUUGCCUCGGGGUUGGCCGAUGCUCGGCCCCCGGGCAGUGCAAAAUUUGCAAAUGCCCCAUCCCAGGACUGACAAGGCAGGCAGAUGCCCCGUAGUAGCCCGGAGAGGGUGGGGGGGCUGGGCUGGGCUGGGCGCAGGUGGAAUUGACUGAUGCAUAACCAAACCAGUCGACUCGGUACUUAUAACAAAACAAAUCUAAUUCUCAAAACUACUGAAUGAUUGAUUUACAAAGUACUUUCCUUAUAUAUUAUCUGCAUCUUUUUUUCCACUAGCUGCUGUUUCUUUUCUGGGAUAACUUUAGAAAUCGUUGCUUUUUUUAAUAGCUUGAGGCUUCGUGUUUGUGUUGUUGUGUUCAUCCACGAAAAAGAAAACUGGAAGUGUUUUUCCCGCCUUCUGUCACGCCACUUUUUCCACCAUGCGUUGAUCACGUGCUGUAAUGUAUCCCUAGCAGGUUACAUUGCGUGAUGUAUCACGAUCGGGAUACAUUUGAUUUUAGUCAAGGCCACGUGACUAAGAAUCAAGCAAGUGAAAGUUAGUUGAGUGAAAGUCUAGGAAUAUAACAAUCUGAUUUGUUGCACGACAGGUUUCAUGUGGGUGGUAUAACGCGCAACAUCGUUUUUCAACUCGUUUUGCAACAAUGUUGCAAAGUAAGUUGCACGUUUUCUGUUGCCCGUUUUUUUCGGUACCUUAAGUGUCUCAUGGUGACCCACAACUUGUGAAGGCCAGUUUCCCCCUUUACAUUUACAGGUAGGAACUAAAUCGUACCAAUUUCACUCUUAAGGACUCGAUCAAAGUAAAAUUUCUUGGCCACGAUUUCAGUUAUUUUUCUUGACGAAUAAGUAAUCAUCGUCCUUUCAUUACUGUCAUUCACUUUUACCAUCUCAUUCAUUUAUUCACAGUUAAUUGAUUGUUAUGUAAAACGCUCUUGUACAGCGAAAUUUCGGAAGGGGACUAGGGUAUUACGCACACAGAGAAAAACAAAAUUAAAUUUAGGUAGCACAUAAGUGGAACGCCCUUUCAGGACGAAGCGAUUGUCGAAAGUAUUUAACAUAUUUUCAUUGGAGUUUUCAUUACGUAAUUUUGGGAAGAAAAGUUUGUUUGAUAACGUUUGUCUCUUGCAGUUGCAGCACUAAUUAUUCGAAAACCUUCGUCCGUCAUCGUUGAAGAAGGAGAAAACGUAACGCUGCUGUGUAAAGCUAGUGGUCGACCGACUCCCACUGUCACGUGGGUAAGAGCGUUAGGUCAUCUUCCCAAAGGAAAGACCGCCGUACUGGAUGGGAAACUAACUAUACAGAACGUUGCCAAGGCGGAUAGCGGAACUUACGCAUGUUCAGCAAAGAAUUCCCUUGGGAAGGACUCUGCGUUUGCACUAAUGACCGUGACUGAUAGGCUCAAAUUUACCCAGACCCCACCCCUGAAAGUUUCUACAAGGAACAAGAGCAAUUUGAUGUUGAACUGUGCAGCUCGAGGUACAAUAGUAAUUAUCUGGAAAAGAGCGGGACAGAGUCUUCCUCAAAAUCACGUUGUUUAUCGCAAUGGAACUUUGCUUCUAAGGAAUUUUAGCCCAAAAGAUGCCGGGUCGUAUACUUGUGUGGCAAAAAAUGCUUAUCGCUCCAUUGAGGCAAGAACAGUUGUUAAACUGGGUAAGUAUAAAUAUUUAAGUGAAAAUACCCCUUGGCAUUUUUAACAGCACACAGUACCAGUGGUUUUACGCUUUAAAACUAUAAUGCCAUCAACUGACGUGAUACAACUCACUUUGAGUCUGAAGAUGACUACCGCGCAGGUUGUCGAAACGUCAGGCACAGUCAACAACAACAGUCCUAUUCAGGACUACUUUCACCCGGACGAUCAAACUCAACCUACUUUUAGAAGUUAUUAUAUCACAUAACUGUACACUAGUACUCAAUGUACCAGGAACUGGCCCCAGUUUCCCAAAAAUUUACUGGAUUUUUUUCACAGUGAAAAGACGUUUCCUUGAACGUUAAUGCUUAUUUUAAGUCGUUACUUUUUAUCAAGGCAAGUUAAGGCACGGACAUUUUAACUGUAAGUUAUUAUUCUUUCAUUAACUAGUCUCAGUGUGUUACACAAGGUAAUGCUGAAUAGUCGCUGAUCCGUUGUAACUUACCUCACUACAUGAAAGUUGUGCGACACGUUUAGUGGCUCGAUAGGGUUUUUCAGUGUCAAUACCUCCCAAGUUUGAGCAUAAACUACGUCGUCAUUAACAAAGAUUUGGAAAAAUUACCACCACAGCUGUACAAUAUAAAGAUAAAAAUUUGUUAUGAUAAGGGUUACAAUGACUUCGGAGUUGUCAUAGCAACGAAAUGACGUCAUUACCUAUUUUACUUGCAGCCGUAUUUCUCGGCACUGGGAGCUGUUCUUACAGAAUCGUUCACGGAAGGUUUUUCCCCUAAUAGUCGCCUCGAUGUUCGUGACGUUUAAGCGAAAUCUGUAAGAGCGUUAUCGAGACAUUUUGGGAUGAAAUUUUUAUGGUUAGACUGUAAAAAGUGGACAAUCUUGAUGUUUGGCCGUUAUCUGAAGAAAACGUAGCGCUUUUGAAGUACAAUUUCGCCUCACAGUAGUUUUAAUCUUGUUAAAGACGUGUUUGAGACAUCCUGGAGCUGGCUCCAGCCAAUUUCUAGAAAGAAGGGUUUGAUUAGUAUGUAUCGAGGCGCUCAUAUUAGCGGUUUUGUAAAACAUUUUGGUCUGCUUUAACAAAUAAGCGAAUAAUUUUGAAACCGCUCGAUAUAAUUUUUUAAAAAAUUGAGAUUCUAGAAAUUGACCAUCGUUUUAUAUGACCUUUGAGUUUCAAGAUUAUUGAUAUCUUGUAAGGUAGUAAUAAUAAUUUUGUGUUUACAAUUGAGAGCGUCUCAUUAUUCAGGGGUUACAAUUGUCUCCAAGUUUCAUUUUCAAGUGAACAGCAGAAACUAACAAUGCAUUUGAAAUAUACAGAAAUGGUAGGUAUUGUUUUCUACGAAAAUAUGGAACUUGGAGAAAAUAGGCCAUUUGCUUUCUUGUGCAAAUUAAGGCUUUUGUUAUUUAAACCUCACUGGGACUACCAUAUUUAAAUAGGAAAGGAAAAACGAAAUAAAUUCUGGUCUUAGCAGUAAAAAGACGUCAUUGGCAAAUGGCCUAUACCCCUGAAUAACUAGGCCUCUCAUCCAGAUAAUUUAAUAUUUGCUUCGAUUCGUUUUGAUAGUUAACCAAUGGGUAGAUCAUACGCCCCAAUGGUGUACGUCCAGCUAUCGCAGGCAGCUUCAGUAUGGUGGUGGAGUCACUUUGGAGCAAUGUAAACAGCUCUGUCGCGGAUGUGCUGCUAUUGAGUACUGGUCUGGGAAGUUCAAAGUAUGUUAUGAAUGCCUGGAUCACACCAAGCGUGAAUCAUUUACCAACACCAAAGAUAGUGCGUACCCACCACACGUGUACAUACGGCAGUGAACAUUAUCAUCAAUAUCACAAGAACAGUAACAAAAAUUGUCGCAGAACCGUGGAGAGCAAUGAAAGGAGGAAUAAAUAAAAUAAAUGAAUAAAUAAAACAGAUCGGCUUUACACAAUCUGUAAACAAACCAUGCCAGCUUGAAGAAAUAAACAUUUCAACAAAAUUGACAGUUAACUAAGAAUAAAAAAAAGAAAAAAACGCAGCAGUUUAGAGUUGUAAGUUUGAAACUUAAUUUCAGCAUAACCAUUUUCAAUCAACAUUGUUUUGUUUUAUUGUUGAUUUUGUUUUUCUUUUGUUUUUUCUUCCUUUUUUUUGUAAAGUUCGGAAGAUAUAUUCUGCAUACAUUUGCUGACCAAAUGAACAGACCCAUCAUUGACAGUAUUACUUUGACCUCUUUCACUACUUCAGCUCAUACUAAUCUGCCCGCCAACCCUCGUUCACUUCCUGAGGGUGGUUUUUAUAAGUUUCCUUUUUAUGCAAAUCACAAUGGCGAGCUGAGGAGGAGGAGGAGGCGGCUGGAAUUCAAGCUAGAUAGCUGAAGGAUAUCUAAUCGUCUGGGUCCGGUUGUUCGAAAGAUAGAUAGCGCUACCCACUGGAUAAAUCCAGUUUGCUGUAAACCUCUUUCAAGUAGAUAACGCAACUGGUUUCCCUAAUACUUAUCCGCUGGGUAGUGAUUUAUCCGUUGAAUAGCGAUAUCCGAAGUUUGAACUAUCCGGGCCUGAUCACAACAUAUUUAGCAAUUAUUGAAUGAAGCUGAGUAGGAUGUGAAGAAUAAAGCAGAUCGAGGAGGAUGUUAGAAAGUAGGUAAUAUCCAUCGAGCACUAUGUUUUGUGUAUUCUUGCUUUCCUUCCGUUCAUUUUGAGUCAUAAAUGCAGCUAUUUCGUCUUCGGAUAGCCGUGCAUGAACGCCACCUUUCUCAGUUCACUCGUGUAUAAAAGCUAGGCCGCCUUGCCUGAAAACGAGGUUGAUCGAUGGUCUAUUGCCCAUGCAACCUCGUUUCCAAAUCAUGCUUUACAUCAUCGAUCAACCUCUUUUCCAAGUCAAUAUUAUUACCAUCGAAUCGAAGGAAC